AUGGACAGUGAGAAGUACUGUCAGAUUCUGGAACGAUGUUACAUUCCAUUCAGCAACAACAUCUACAGUGGAUAUGGCGUUCUUGUGCAGGACAACGCUCCUGCUCACAAGAGCGUGUACACAAGUGCACGCCUAGACAUGUGGAAGGUUAGCCUGCUUGAUUGGCCGCCAGAGUCCCUCGAUCUGAACCCAACUGAACUUGUUUGGGGCAACAUGAAGGAAUUCAUUAGGUUACAACAGCUCCCAUUCUAUUAUGUUAAGCUACUUAUGAUGAAUUACAAUUACUUUGAAGAAAGCGAAAUGUACGAAGAGUACGUAAGAAACUCCAUCGCGUCGUUGAGCAAGAAGGGAGGAAUAUCUAUGAAGGACGAUAGACUUCGCUGCCCUUCUCAUUUCAUUGAAAGUCUUCAGUGUAUACGCAUUCAAAUGGAUUGUAAAACAUUCGCGGUCACGGUUUCGGGUACUGGAAGGGUUUCGCCGACGUUCGACGAAGCUCCUCCGGUAAUUACUGCGGGAGCCGCUAAGGCUGGCGGUCAAUGCCUCCGAGUAGUUGAAGGCGCUGGCAGGAACCCAGCUGGAGUAGCAGUGGAUAUUAUUGGCGGAUAA